AUGGUGGUCUGUCAAUUCUUCCUACGAGGGCAAUGCAAAUUCGGGAGCAGCUGCAAGAAUGAACAUCCUGCGGACAAGGGUCCCUCCGUCUUUGGUAGAACCAACUCCGGAGGUGGAAAAGCUGUUGGAUCUAUACCAUUCAGCGUUGAGAUUCUCGCGAAGGAUAUAGCCCCUGCACCGAAUGGCGACAAACCUUUAUGGCCGCUUACUACUUUUGGUCCUGGAAAGCACGAACCAAACCUCACGCGACCUCUGGAUGAAUCGCCCGAGGAGCUGCGAUGGAAAGCCGUACAAGCGAAGCUCAACAACACCGUCAAUGACUAUGUCAAAUACGAAAACGACAAGAUCAACGAAUGCAACAACGUCUAUUCUAUGCUCGCCCAGAACCAGUCUGCCAUGUACGAGCAUGCAAAGAAGCAGAGCACAAACGGCGGUACACAGGAGCCAGUUGUACCCCCUACACCAUUCGAUCCCAACGCGCCCAAACAAUCCGCUUUUGGUGGCUCCGCUUUCGGCGCAACUCCCAGUGCCUUUGGUGGCAAUAGUGGUGGUGCAUUUGGUGGUGGUACGAAUUCGGGGACCUCUGCAUUCGCUCAGACAGCUUUCAGCAAACCCUCAGUGUUUGGUGGCGGAGGCGGCUCUGGCGCGUUCGGAUCCUCAGGCUUUGGGCAAUCCUCUGGGGGCUCAGCCUUCGGCCAACCUGCUGCUGGUGGCACGACUUCCGCCUUCGGAAAACCUGCAACGGGCACCACCCCAUCCGCCUUCGGUCAGGCGGCGCAACAGCCCCCUUCCGCCUUUGGACAACCGUCUCAAUCCGCGUCUGGUUCUGCCUUUGGACAGACAGCGCAACCCUCGGCCUUCGCUGCCGCCGCCGCCAAGCCAUCUGCUUUCGGUCAAUCUGCGUUUGGUCAACCGUCUUUCGGUCAGACAGCAGCACCCGGCACGACUUCAGCCUUUGGACAACCUGCCUCGGGGAGCACGCCUUCGGCAUUCGGUCAGCCUGCCGCUGGUGGCGCAACGUCCGCUUUUGGUCAGCCAGCGAGCGGCUCCACGACGUCUGCUUUUGGACAACCAGCCUCAGGAGGCUCAACAUCAGCCUUUGGACAAACAUCACAGCCGGCAUCUGCGUUUGGGCAAAGUGGCUUUGGAAAGCCGUCGGCGUUCGGUGCUGCAGCUAGUACGCCGGCACCCGCGACCUCUGGUGGUGGUGGUGCCUUCGCCUCUUUUGCCAGUGCCAAACCCACCGCCUUUGGUGCCGGUGCCCCAGCAAGCAAUACUGGAUCGGCAUUUGGGCAGGCUGCGUCUGGCUCCGGGUCGGUGUUCGGCCAGCCCGCGGCGGGGAGUGGCUCGGUCUUCGGUCAAUCAACUCCUGCUGGCUCUGGUGGGUCCGUCUUCGGCCAGGCUACUCCUGCUAGCUCGACCGGCUCCGUAUUCGGCCAGGCGGCGCCCGUCGCAGACGCGGCAGCGCCCUCCGCCUUCACAAAAUCAACAUCUGGUUCGGCCUUCGGCCAGUCCUCGACUGGUGCGUUCGGUCAGCCUUCGACCUCGUCUGUGUUUGGCCAGCCCUCCUCUGGUCAACCUGCACAGCCGGCAACCGGCUCUGUGUUUGGUCAGCCGUCGACGAGCUCGGUCUUUGGUCAAGCCUCACAGCCGUCGGCCUUUGGUGGUGGCGGUAGUUCAGUCUUCGGUGCUACAGCCGGAUUACCACCCAAACGCGCUGCUGCAGCUGCUUCAACAUCAAGUAGUAAAGCGAAACGGCCCAACUUCGAAGGGGUGCCCGCCGGGACCGCGGACGUAUACGACGCCCUUCUCCCGCAGAACUACGCUUCGCUACUGCCCGAAACAGUGAGAGCAGCGUUUCAAGCGAUGUCCUUCGAGUGGGGCAACGUUCCGGAUUGGAUACCGCCAUUGGAGAUGCGAUGA